AUGACAUCAAAUUAUAAAUCUUACAAUGUUCUUGAUUAUAAUUUAAGGUUUAUCCAAGAUGAAAAAAGGAAUAGGGAAAGAGAAAGAGCAGAUAAUAAGAACAAGGAAAACAUAUCCUUGAGUAUAAAUUCAGAUAUGGGAAACAAAAUAUAUUUAUUAGAAACAAAUGCAAAAAGUCGAAAAGUUGAAAAGGAUGAGAAAUAUAAGAAUAUAAGUUCAUCAAAUUAUAUGAAAGAUAAAACUUAUGUUGAUAAAAAUUUGGGUGUAAAAGAUGAUAUGUCAAAUUUAAGCUCCAUAAAAUAUAAUAUAGAAAUAAAUAGAAAUAGAAAUAAUAAUAGAAAUAAUAAUAGAAAUAAUAAUAGUAAUAGUAAUAGUUUUAUUAUGGAUGAAAAGGAAAAAACUAAUAAUAGAACGAUUAUGUUAUUAAAGCAUAAGAGAAAAUAUGACCCAGAUUAUAAUACCUCAGAUGAAAAGAAUAUAAAGAGAAAAAAAAUAAAUGAUAUUAUUAAUAAAUAUAAAAAAAAAAUGAUAAUUCCUUCAUAUGAAGAAAAUGAUGAAAAAUAUAGUAAUAAAGGAUCAUUUAAUAUUUCAGAUGAUGAUGAGAUGGAUAAUAAAAGUAGUAAUUAUAAUAUAAGUGGUAAAAAUUAUUCUACAGAAAAUAAUGAUAACAAAAAUAAUUUUCACAUAAGAUCUUUAGAAAAAAUGGAUAAGAUAAAUAAUGAGAUGAAAGAAUACUCAACUAAAGAUUCCAUUGAUCUUAGAAGGGUAGAAUCCAUAUCACAUGGAUCAAAAGAAAAUAAUAAUAUUGAUAAGUUAAAAUGUCAUAAUUUAAUAAGAAAUAAAAAUUCCAACCUCGUAAAUUUUGAUAGGAAUAAAAGAAAAGAAAAUUUCAUUUUCUUACACAAUUAUAUGAAAAAAAAGGAGAAUGGAAAUAAGACAAAUAUUAAUUCAUAUGAUAUAGAAAAUAUACAUGAUGAAAAAAAAGAUAAAAAUGAAAUACUUAAUAAUUUAGAUAUAAAUUCUUAUAAUGAAGAAAAAUGUUUAAGUUAUAAUAAUAUGAAGGAAAAUGACUUCAAUAAAAUUGGCAUAUCUAAACAACCAAAUGUAGAUUCUAAGGAGCGUAAGUAUAAUAAAUAUGAAAAAGAUCAUAAUAUAUAUAAUGAUCUUAGUGAUGAUGGAAAAUCUAUAGAUCGUACUAAUGUAUAUGAUAAUAAUUCAAGUUCUCAUAAUGUAAGUUUAAGUAAUUUAUUUAAUGAAAGCAAUUUCAUGUUAGACGAAAAAAAAAUUAGAGAUAAAUUUAAAGAAGUCAAAUUAAUUGAAAAAUCACUUGAAAGAAAUAAUUCGGAAAUAUAUGAAAAUGAAUUAAAAGAAGGGGAGACUCAUAAAAAGGAUGAAUUAAAUAAAUUGGUAUUGGAUAUGACAAUAAAAGAUAUUAAUGAAAAAAAAAAAAAAGUAAUAUUAUAUCAUAAAGACUAUUCAGAGAAUUAUGAAAGAAAAUCUAUAAGCAGUGAAAAUAUUGAUAUAGGACCAACGAAUAGAUCAUUUUUAGUUGAUGGAAAUAAUACAAAGGAUAUGACUCAUAUAAAUGAAAAUAAUGAUAGGGAUAAAAAUAAUGACAAUAUUAAUAAUGAUAAUAUUAUUAUUAAUAAUGAUAAUAAUAUAAAUAAUAAUAAUGUUUAUAAUGUAAAAGAAUCAAAUGAAGAUAUAUUUUAUAAGGCUAAUAAAUUAUCUGAAAAAAUAGACAACAUUGUACAAAAUAUUAGAAAUAUCAAGAAAAUAAAAAAGUCAAAUUCUGGAAAUUAUAAUAUUGAUGCCAACCUUUCAGAUGGUAUAUCGAAUGAUGAGGCAAACCUGAAAAAUGUUACAAAUUCUAUGGAUUAUACGAAAUUAUAUUAUGAUGAUGAUAAAGGAGAGAAUACAAAAAAUACUUUUAAGAAAAGUGCAUAUGAUAAAAAUAAAAAAUUAUUGAUCGAAAAUGAUACAAAAUUAAUGAUACAUGGAAAUAAUAAUCAAAAGGAAUGGAUAAGAAAUGAUGAGAAAUAUCUUUUGAAUGGUAUAAAUAAUAGUCCAAAAGAUUUAGAUAAUAAAAGAUCAAACAUUGACAUACAAGUUAAUAAUAAUAAUAAUAAUAAUAAUGAUACAACAUUUUAUGAUGCUAUGGAAUAUUCUAUAGGUAAUGAUAAAGAACAAUACAAUAAAAAUGUACAAGAAGAUCAUGUAAUUAUGGGAGUUGAAUCAAAUAAAAAUAAUAUGCAAACGAAUUGCUCUUCAUCUAAUAAUAAAAAUUAUAUAAAUAAUGAUAGAUGGAAUCAUUUGAAAGAAAAAUAUUUCGACAUGAUGAAACCAGGUGUUGUAGAUAAUAUUAUAAAUAUUAAAGAAAAUGAACUUGUAUUACAGAAAAAUGAAAAAAAAAAAGAUAUUUUUAAUAAAUCACAUGGAAACGAAAAGAUAGAACCAUUAAAAGAUUUUAAUAAUAAAAAUGUUAAGGUUACAAAUAUUUUAAAAAAUAAAGUAAAUGAUGAUAUCCAUGAAGAUGUUAAAAGUGUUAAUAUUGGAAAUGAAAUAGAUGAAAAUAGGAAAAUAAAAAAAAAGGAAAAUAUAUUAAAUAGUAUAAAUCAAGAAAAAGAUAUUGGAAAUAAAAAUAUUAUUAAUAAAACGUCAUAUUCAAAAAAAAACCUUUUAUCAAAAAGUUAUGCAGAAAAACCUCAUCUAUAUAAUAUGAAAGAAAAAAAGAAAAAUAAUAUUAAUGUGAACAAAUGUAAGGAAAAAAAUCCUUUAUUCUAUUCUGUUGAUUUCUCAAACCAAAAAAAAAAUGAUAUAGAUAAGCGAAUGUGUGAUGAUUUAUUAUCUCCAGGUAUUGAUGAUUCGAUUGAAAGAAAAAUAAUAUAUGAAAAUAUAAUAAAAUUUUCCAAAAGAAAUGUAAAUAAUGAACAUGAAUUAGUAGAUACAUAUUCAGAUGGAAAAAAAAAAAAAGAAAAAUCCAAUGAACGACUAAAAGAAGAAUUGGAUAUGAUUAAAAAUUAUUAUAGUGAAGAGAAAUUAAAAAGGGAGGAGGAAUAUAAACUGAGAAAUGAAAUUCAACAAAAAAGAAAAUUGUAUGAAUUAAAAAUUCGAAAAGAUUUUGAGGAAAAAAUAAGGCUUCGAAGGGAGGAAAAUGAAAAAAGGCUAAACGAAGAAAAAAUAAAUAAAAUACAACAAGAUAAUGGAAAAAAGGAAUUACCAAAUGGUAUACCAGAUGGUAAACCGAAUGAUAUGUCAAGUGAAGAAAAUGAGAAGAAGCAUAUUACUUAUAAUAAUGAAAAAAAAAAUUAUGAUAAUAUUGAAAAAAAUUAUGAUAAUAUUGAAAAAAAAAAUUAUGAUAAUAAUGAUGGUAAUAAUAAUAAUUAUUAUUAUGAUGAAUUAAGAAACGAAACUUAUAAGAACAAUAAAAAAAAGAAAAGAAAAAACCUAUUUGAAGAUUAUUCAAGUGAUGGAAGUUAUUAUAAAUAUAUGUAUCGUAAUUUAUAUGAAGAAACGUGUAACAAUAAAAUGAAAAAUCAUUUUUACGAUAUAAGUGAUAAUUUAUAUUUACAGGAAUGUUCUGAUAACUUUUUUCAUAAUAAUAAAAUCUCCUCAUCUUCUAUUUAUAAAUCACCUUCACAUAGUUUUGAUAACGAAUUAAUAUCAUUAAGUAAAAUAAAAUUUGAUGAUUUUGAUUACAAUUAUUUAAAUGAACUCCACAAAUCGGUAUCUAAGACAAAAGAGAGAAAAAGAAGUAAUUAUUCUGAUUUUAGUGAAGAUCAGAAAAAGUUAAAAAAUUGCAACCUAGUUAAACCUAGGGUUAUUUUAACAAAUAGUGAAAAGAGUUAUGAACAAAAAUGUGGUGAACACUCCAAAAGGGGCGAAGAAAUGAAUGGGGAAUAUGAAAAAGGUGAUAUAUAUAAAAAGAAUGAUAUAUAUAAAAAUAGUGAUAUGUGUGAAGACAAUAAUGUACACCAAAAGAAUGAUAUAUACGAAGAUAAUAAUAUACAUCAAAAGAAUGAUAUAAACGAAAGAGAUGAUUCUCAUAAAAAAGGAGAUAUAUAUGAAAGGAAUGGCUUUCAUGAAAAAAAUGCAGUAUUAAAAAGAAAUAUUCUAAAUAAGAACAACAAUACAGGAAAUCUUCAUAAUAAGAAUGUCGGCAAUUCACAAAAAGGAAAAAACCGAUCGCUUGAUUAUCAUCGUAGAAGUAACAUACAAAAUUUUUAUGAAUAUAAGAUGAAUAAUAACGUUGAUGAUAAUAUAUUGAAUAAAUUGUUAACUAUAAAAUAUGAAAAUAAAAUAAGAAAUGAUAGUUUAAGCAUAAAAGAGGAUAACAUUCACAAUACUAAGGAGGGUAGUGUACAUGAAGAGAUGUGUGAAGAGGAAGAAGAUUUUGAAGAGAAAUAUUCAGAAGAUAUUGAUAUUGAGGAUGAAAACAUUUCUGUUAAACUAAAUCACAACGAUAGUGAAUAUAAUAAAAAUAAUUGUAAAGGUGUAAAAUUAAUACAAAACAAAAGUGAUUUUAAUAAUGAAAAUAUGGAUGAAUUGAAUGUAUCACCAACUCAUACCGAAAUUGAUAAAGAAGAAAAACAGAAUGUAUUGUUAAUUUCUACAAAAGAAAAAAGUAGAAUUAUAAAAGUAAAUGAAAAGGUUGAUAUAUCUCCAAUAAAACAAAUAAUACAAGAAGAAAAAAAUGAACCAAAUGAUAAUAUAAACAUGGAUAUUAAUGAUGAUGAAGAUAAUGAGGGAAAAAGUAAAUUGAAAACAUCCAUAUCAUCUUCAGAGAAUGGAAUACCAAAAAUUAAUAUUUUAAAAAAUAAUGAAAACUAUAUACCAUUAGAUAUUGCUUUAAAUUUUGUGAUGGAUAACGAAAAGUUGAAGAAAAAUUUACAAAAGGAAGAAAAAAAAGAUAAAGGAAAGAAGAAAACCUUUGUUCAGUGGUUAAUGGAUGAAAGAAAAAGAAGAUUAAAAAAUAACUUACCCAUAGAUAUUUAA